AUGGAGAGGAGAGUAUCCAACAAGAUGGGAGAAGAUGAUACAGUGGGAAAUCCUGGGAUUGGAGCUUAUGGAUUCUGUUUGAGGAAUGAAGAGGGAGAUCUGUUGUAUGGACAAGGGGAAAAUAUUGGUCAUACAACAAAUAUUAUUGUAGAAAUGAGAGCAAUACAUGAAGAAGUCAGAUACUAUUGGGAACACAACAUUAGAAAACUGGAAGUGGAAUCAGAUUCUUUGCUACUGGUCAAGGUUAUUAAUAAUGUGUGGAAAGUCUCAUGGGAGAUGGUUGAGUUACUAGAGGACAUACAAGGACUUAAAGAAAAAAUAGAGAUACAGGUCAAGCACAACUUCAGGGAAGGGAACUUACUAGGUGAUUUCAUAGCUAACUUAGCUAUGGACACAAAUGGCGAAAUAAUAUUCAAUUCUUUUCAUCAAAUACAAUCAAAGGAAGAAAAGUCUUAA